AUGCGGAUUUUUACAUUGCUUGCUGUUGCCCUAACAGCAUUACAAGGAGUUGCAGCUGUCUGUACUUGCCCGGAAAUUGCAGCAGAAGCUUUCGAAUGUGACUUGGACGACACGGAAUGUAUUUGCGGAGCGGAAAACUACUUAGAGGUUCUCAAUUCCUGCUCGAGAUUUCGAAGAGGGCAAGAGUGUUCAGAAAGAGACAUACAAAGAGCCACAGAUUCUUACAACAGACGGUGCGCGGGUGAAUCGAGUACUACCUCAGCUGCCCCUUCCUCGACAAGUCAACCACCAAUAUCUACAUCUAGUACUUCAGGACCUACGACCACAGACGAGCCCACAAGCUCAACGUCUGCGCCCUCUUCAUCUUCCUCCCUCUCCUCCUCUUCAUCGACUUCUUCUCUCACGUCCUCUGUGUCUUCGACAGCAACUAUGUCACCAACAAACACCGCAGCCGCAUCUGGUUCCAACAACAGCAAUUCUGGAUUAACAACCGCCCAAAUUGGUGGUAUUGCAGGUGGAAGUGCAGGUUUCAUUCUCAUUGUAGCUUUCCUUGCAAUAUUUUUCAAGUUCAGGAUGUACAAAAAGAUUGAUAAAAAGGAGGAUGCCGAGAGGAACGUCGAAGCCGAGAAAUUCAUGGACGGUGGUAGGCAGAUGCGUGCUGCUUCUUUGGCUCUUGCCAGCGACCGUCUCUAUAGCACUCAGAGACCACUUUCCCACGCCCUUGGUGAAUACGAUUCAUCAAGAUACGAGGCCGAAGACGGCGACCAGAGCCCCAAUGGUAGCACCAAUGGCAACUACUUCAAUAGAUUUAGUGGCAAUCAUGUCGAGGAUUCAGCCAGCGCAUUCUCUGGAAGCAGUCCACAGGGUUACCACCCCCCUUCUAGUUUCCGUAACAGCCAAAGAUCAUCUUCAGUACCGAUGCAUAGCCCAGGUGGCCAACCGUAUCCCACAGCUUCUUUGAGUUAUGAAGAAUACAGAAGUCAAGCACCGGGGUCCUCUGGGGAGAGAUCUAGCCUGAUGUCUCAACAAUCUCAACCUGGAAACCCAACCCCCCAUAGAUCAGUUUCCGCUCCACUUGGACAGAUGCAGAUGCCUCGAAUCUCAAGAAGGCCAGUCGGCAGCUCACUAAACGGUCGCUGA